AUGGGGGACGGAACCGAUGAAAACCCAGGGCAAUUGCAAGACGAUCGUACGCCCGACAAAGAUAUAACAAAGAAGCAAUCAACAAUACAAGAGAGUGAUAAACAUCACGAUCAACUGAACAGAAAGACGGAAGCACAAUAUAUCACUCAGGUAUCAUCGAGUCAGCCUGAUCAACCGUUUCAAAAUACAAGGAUCUUGGUGAGAGACAUAGCCACUACGUACUGCUGACUUCAACUUCACACACAUGCUGUCAUGUCAUAUAUGACUGACUUAAUAGGCUCAACUAAUAGAUGUACGGGGAACACAAUCCACCAAUCUGUGAUGGCUUUGGUAAAGAAGGCGUGCAUACUUCUAACAAUAUUUAUCUUCCUAUGCAAAUAUGCAGGUGCAGCAUUGUGUAAAGAACCCAAAGAACCAAAGAAUGGAAAAAUUAGGAAACUUAGUGGGUUAGAAUUUAUGGAUUCUGUUUCGUACAUGUGUAAUAAAGACUAUAGAAUGGUAAAAGGCAGCAGGAAAGCGACUUGCCAAGAGGACGGAAAGUGGAAACCUUCCAUUACCCCGGUUUGUGAUCUCUGGAGUAAUCUAGAUAUAGAUAUUGGUGACAUUGAACCAGUAAGUACAACUAAUAUACCCAACAUACAAGCCAACUACAUAUUUUUGUCGGACGAGUUCCUGUUGUCCGUCAAUGAUGCAGGAAGUUGGUUGGGUGAGGGAAGUUACAUAAGACACAAUUUGAACAAAACAACCAAGGUGGGGUUCCUACAACGCCGAAGAGACCCCAUCACAAAUGACUUCCACGUGCCAAGGGCUAUUCGCCGCUAUAUUAUUGACGAUAAAGUGAGAUACAACGGGAAAAGACUUAAUCCUGCAAAAAUGUCCAUAUCUGACUUAUACGGUUUCAUGUCUUCAUUGGAGAUAUUUCAAGACAGCGAAAAAAUUGACCCCUUUAGAGACCACCGACGAUAUGAUCCAUCGGGAAAUUUUUGUCACUGUGAAAUCGAAGCAGACUGUGACUGCGUCAUAUCCCAAGAUGAUAUGUUCAAAGACCUGUCUGGAACAUCCACUGACUAUUGUAACGAGUACUAUAAUACACCCCUGAGACCUAUUUCAGGGGAUGAAGAUUGGAUAGGGGCAUAUAAAAGGAAGGCUGAUGAUUUGUUAUAUGAAUUCCAGCAUGGACGAACUGAUAUAUUUCAUGAGGAAGUUCUUGUGAAUAAGCAGACAGACCGGAUAUCCGGUCAACCCAAGUAUCGCUUUUCAAAUGAGGAGGUUGAAGAGGUAUUCUAUCUCGAAGCAAGAAUUCAAAGAAACUUUGAGGUUCAUAAUGGGGUAUCAAUGGAGAUAUGGGGCUGGAGAGGGGGUAAAGUAGAAGAUUUUAAGUUCGAUGAGUACGGUAAUUUGAUUAAUGGAUUCAUAGUAGUUGGGCCUCACCCUCGAACUGACUACAACGAUGUUGUAUACUAUAACCAGAGUAGAUGUGAUCCGGAAAACAACAUCAACCCCGGAGAAUGUGCCUGGCCAUAUUCUCAAUGGGGAUACAGCUAUAUGGGUUGUAAAGAAGUAAAUGGAACAAUACCGGAGAAGUGUGAUAUGUCCGAAUCUAUAGAUGGUAACAACUACACUUACGGCUAUGACAAAUCUCCAUGGAGAGAUCUUGAAGUACGGACCCCUGGACCACAAAUGAAAUUCACAGAUGGGAAACGGACGAGAAUAUAUGUCUACAACAAUAUGGAACAUGAUUGGAAGCACAAAAUAAGUGUACAUUGGCAUGGUAUGGAUCUUCCCCAUGAUCAAGAUGGCGUGGCAUUCGAGACACAUACCCCGAUUGAGGUGGAUGCAACUUGGGUCUAUGAGUACCAGAUACCAAACAUAGGUUCAAGGUGGUAUCACCAACAUUAUAACACACCGGAUACAGUUGGAAUGGGCAUGUUCGGACCUGUGUCUACUUCAUUUCCCGAUGAUAUCACAACGUGGGACAGAGAGUACACACUUAUGGUGCAUGAUGGCCAAGGUCGUUUUACUAUGAAUGGCAACUCAUUUCCCGGUACUGUAAGGCGAUUAUCCGGUUGGUUUAAAGACCAAAUACGGAUCAAGAAAACCGAAACGGAUGAAAACGGUGAUACGAUUGUUACAAUAGUUGAUGAACCCAGGGCCGACUUUAGUGUGCCUUUGGGAGGCAAAAUGUGUCCAACAAGGCAAAAAUAUAACAGUCCAGCCUCAGGGGCCCCCAUUAGGCCUGGAACAGGGUAUACUGGGUCGGGAUUAUUUGGGGACACCGACAAAACUCACAAUCACAGAGGUCAUAAUAUCCUCUGCAAAAAACAUGGUAUAAGAGUUCAAAUAGCUGGUGUAAAUGAGCCUACGUGGUCAUAUCCAUAUACAACUGUAAAUGGUCGCCAUUAUGUUACAAGAGUUGAUGACACCAAACUUAGAAUCAAAAAGAUAGGAGUAGCAGGGACUGUACCGGGCAGUGGGGGUAUUUUGUACAUUUGGAGAAAGCACAAAUCAAGCCUUGAAGAGCCGUAUACACAGAACAGUGGUAACUCUGCAUCAUAUGUUAAGGGGAACGAUGGUGAAGAGGUAGCUAUGCGAUGGCAUAAUGCUGCACUGACGCCACAUCCUCUACACAUACAUGGUCACCAGUGGCGUGUCAUUGGAGUUGAUGGUAACCUGGACGAUGCCCCACAAAUUCACAAUGUAUAUCUAAUCCCUCAGGCUGGUACGUUUGAUACAACCGUCGCAAUGAACAACCCUAACUGUUUCGGCGCAUGGGUAAUGCACUGUCACAAUCUGCAGCAUAUACAAAACUCCGAUAAUCCUUGGAGAGGCGGCGUAUCAUACCCUGGUGGUAUGUUCACCCUUAUUGACUACACAGGGUUUGGACAAGGAAAGAAUGCAAUCUCUCAUCUUUUUGUAAACGAACCCUUCAAUACGCUCCCCCCAGACUGCAAGGCACGGGAUGAUGUCAAAGCCGGAAAAGAUAUACUUGGUGAAGCCGCCGUAAAGGGCAAGGAAUAUGUGAGGCUGGGCGUUGACGCGACAUAUGGUACAGAUUUAUACAAAAAGAAGCCAUUUGGUGACAUAGUAGGAUAUAAAUGGACCAUUGAUAGAUAUAUUAACAAAGAGGGUAAGAGUGGACAUGAGAUCGCACUUCCAAAGGGAUCACAAAUCGACAAACACCAGGUCCUUAACGGCUCUAAUCCACAGGUAACCGGAUUUGAUGUAAGUGGAGACUACCACUUCAAAGUUGAUGUGAUUGGGAAGCACAGUGAAAGAGACAACGAAGAUGAUGAAACCCAUUGUUAUGACUACCAAGAAGUCAAUUAUGACAGUGAACUCCUCAUUGAUGAUAGAAAUCACCCUGCAAUCACCGAACAUGGAAAAUUUACAAACCUUAAACUUCAGCCGGGUGUUGAGAGAGGUCAUGUCACCUAUCCUAUGUAUAAAGCUACACUCAGAACAGGCGUUGAUGAACUAAUUGUUGAAACAUCAAACAAUGUUCAGUCAAACGAUAUUUCUGGAACAUAUAGAGCACAGGUGUCCUCGCCCUCUAACAAAGUAUACAUCAACAUGGAAAAGUCUUGCAGUAUUGGUAGAGUUGAACUUGAUGCCCGUAUAACUACCCAUGGGACUCCAUUAGGGGUAAACUUGAUUCCGGGAGAGGAUAUAGGUACAAUUACUCAAGCUUUACAUGUUGGGAAGUUUGGAAGCAGAAAGAUUUAUUUCACUGUAACUGAUGUAAGCCACAAAGAAUGGGCAGAAAAGUAUUCAACAGUGUUUUCACCAGUAUUAGCAGAUGCCCCUGACGAGGCGUGCGAGUUAGAUGCAACCUAUAAUUCAAGAACAGAGACAUUUACAUUCACUCGAGAUGCUGGAUUUGUAGCAAGGAUUGUCAAUGGUAAGAGUGUAGGGCCUGUGGGCAACCCUGACUAUAGCCCUUUAAAGCGAGUUGUAAUCAAUGGCGAGACGAUUACCUUAAACAUGCCAUUUGUUAAAUGGGGGGAUGAAGAUGGACAGAUGCUAAUCGUUGAUAAUGGUGGGUGUGAUCCUCUUAUUAGAUCAAUCCUUCCAAGCCCGAAAUGGAAGGGAGAUGGACCAAGAGGUUGCACUCCUGAUGAAGGUGCAUUAGAGCGAUAUAAUGGAGGACAGGCUCUCGAAAUUGAUAUUGACAAUGCCAGAGUAGUUAUGAAAUUACACAAAGCCACCCUCAGAGAUGAUGGUAUUAUUCCAUACUAUACUGUAUUCGAAGCUUCAAAGUUUCCAGCCGCUGGUAAUAUGGGUAAUGUCCUUGCGCCUAAAUUGGAACUUCUUGGACGAGGUGAUGAUGAACGAACAAAUGAUGCUGUAAGAGCCCUGAUUCAACUGGGUAAUGGUGUGCCUAUUAGGGCCGGUGGUCCAGCGUCAUUCCAGGCAGGAAUCGUUCCAUUCAGCGCACACUCUGCAGGCUACACGCCCAUGUGGCACAUUGUAUGGCUAUUUUACAACUGUGGCUUCAUGAACGGCAUGAAAUGGGACAACGUAGUUGGCGAAGACGCAUCUGAAUUCCUAGAAGGAUUUAACAAUGGUGUAGAUGGUAGUAAACUUGACUCUUCAGACGAAGACUUUGAUCCAUUCCAACUUUCUGGUGGAAUUAAAAAUAAUGCCUGUCCUGGUUACGCGAAGAAGGUCACGGGUAAUAAAGAUGGGUUGUUGUACCUUGGGGAAGAACAAGCACUAUUAGAAAAACGUCAGGCAUUUUUGACAGAUUCGCCAGGUGGAAAUCCAUUGAGCAAGAAAUUCGGAAAAGGACCAGGAUUCAUGAUCGUAAACUGUCCAAUGCCAGUCACAGUGGACAUGAACUGUGGAACAAGUCCAUUUAGUCAUGUUGACAGCAAAGAACGAGUCGGAGAAUGGCAGCUAUAUUGUAAAGAUGAAAAUGGAAUUACUACAACUGUCGCGAAGGGUGAUAAUGUUGCUGAUAUAAGACAGGUAACAUGGUCGGAAAAUGCUGGUAUAAGUAGUGUCACCCUGAAUCAAAACCUUGCUGAUAAACCAGUAUAUUUUAUAAUGACUGAUUCAGAAAACAAAGAACUGGGAGACAUGUUUGGUGGAGCUCCUUCUCCAGUCCUCUCUGAAGCUCCAUUGGAAUCCGUAGAAUACAUUGCCCUUUUAGAACCACUUAAAUUUAAUGAAACAACUGGUGAGACAAAUCUGGUAUUUUAUGAAGAUCCAGGAUAUGUUGCACGAGAGGAAGGCGGUAAAGUGCUACCACCUGUCGGUAACCCCAAUUACAGUCCAUUAAAGCGUUUCCUUUUCAAGUGUAAAACUGUUACUAUUAAUAUUCCAUUCAUGCAAUGGGGAGACGAACCUGGACAGAAAUUGAUAGAGGAUCAUGGGGGUUGUGAUCCACUUAUAAGGUCAGUACCACCAUCCCCUAAAUGGAAGGGAAACGGACCACCUGGCUGUGACUCAGAUCAGACCUGGCAGAAAAGGUACAAGGGCGGUCAAGCAUUGAAAAUCGAUGUCUCAACUAUGCAGGCCACAAUUAAAACUCACAAGGCAACACUUAGAGAUGAUGGGAUCAUACCUUAUUACAUAGCACUCGAGGCUUCGAAAGCACCUGCAGCUGGUUUUAUGGGUACAAUUCUCGCACCAAAAAUGGAAAAAUUGGGACGAGGUGAUGAAUUCAGAACGAAUGAUGCUGUUCGGUCAUUGAUACAAUUUGCGAAUGGUAUUGCACCUGAGGAUGGUGGAGGUCCAAAUGCUUUCCAGCCCGGAGUUGUUCCAUUUGGCGCUUCCUCCGCAGGAUAUACUCCCAUGUGGCACAUCCUUUGGUUCUUUUACAAUUGUGCUAACGAUGCCUCUUCUAUUAAUGACACUGCUGUUUCUGAUAUGAAUGAAGGUGGUAAUGCAUUUAUGAAAGGUAGAAACGCUGGGUUUGAUGGUAGUGAACUUAACCCUAGUGACGAUCCGUUCGAUCCUUUCCAAAUGAACGGUGGAAUAAAAAAUGCUAAAUGUAAAAAAUUCGCCCAAGAGGCCAAUGGUAACGAAGAGGGUAUAAUGUAUUUAGACGGAGAAAAGUCAUUAAUGGAAAGAAAUCUAGGUAUUGUAACAGAUUCUCCACCAGGUAACCCAUUCAACAAAAAGUUUGGAAGGGGUCCAGGAUUCAUGAUUGUUAACUGUCCAAUACCUAUUACAGUCAAUAUGAAUGAUAAUGUUCCUGAAAAGUCCUCUGAUCCUGCAACGGCUGACGGCAGAAUCGUUCGACUUAUCGGUACUGAUAAUGUUGAUUUUUGGUUCCUUAAGAUAGGUGAUUCCCCCGCAAUAGCACUAGAUCGGUCCACCAUAGAAGAUAUUCAAGAGGGAAAAGCCAGUACUGUUCAACUUCGUGAGGGCGAUACGCUUAUUGUAGAGGUAACAAGUGGAGGGACUGGCCAUGGGUUUGUGUUGCAUAGCAUGCAUUUAACAGAGGAAACAGCUGAACAAGCAUGUUUAGAAAUGUUUGAUGUUGAGGAAUCACCUAUUCAACCUUCUAAAUUCUCAUCUUCAUCGUUUGUUCACAUAUUUAAGCAAGAUCUGUUUGGUGUUACAGGAUCACAUGUUGCUCGGAAAAUAUUCAUGGGUACGGUUAGACGAGGGGUGGUUGGUAAACGGUUAGGCUUUGUAUGUCCGAUUCAUGGGCCAAAGAAAAUGAAUGGAAUCUUAGAAAUAAUCAGCGCUUGAUAGGUUCUGGACUGGCACUGGUCUUCUAAAUCACAUCAGUGAUCAUAACAUAAUCAGGUACUUCUUCCAAAAAUCAACAACGUAUACUGACGACAUCAAUUUGAAAAUCGUGAAAACGAUAUCUUAUUUUUCUAACAUAUAGGGGUUAUGAUGUUAAUGGAAGAUUUUAUUAGGGUUGUUGGUUUUUGAUUUUAAACUUAAAUAUAAUUCGUAAAUCGUCUCAGAGCAGUUGUAGUAAAGUAUCAUGUAACAAUUAACAGUAUAGUUAUUUAGGCUUUGGUUUGUUAAAGUUACUGUCUGAAUAUGCAUUAAUAAUGAAUAUGCAUAGAUUAACUUUUGCACUUAUCAGUGGUCCACGUCUGUGUGUAACUGUAACUGUAACUGUAAUUCUGAUCUUUUGAAAGUUUAGAUAUCAUUUGAAAAUACAAUUUGGAUAUUCAGUCUGUGUCCAAGUUUUACAACUACCUUCUUAUCCUGAUACUUGACCAGUUUGUCAUAUUCAUCUUGAGAUUUUUCUGGCAUACUAUUUUUCCGAAAAAAUGAGUAUAGGCUGGCAAGCAUAAUUAAUCGAUUUCUUCCGAGAAGUCCUGGCCUUUUUACACUUUGCGAAAUAAAAAACGGUAAAUAGCAUGAGGUACCAGUCCAGUGGAAUAUAUAUUUCAAGAGAAAUUUCGCCUUCAUCAGUAAUGACCUAGACAAUGCACCCAUUAGUAGUUAUGUUAAUCCAUGCCUAUUCUACGUUUUGAUUGGUCAGGAUGUGUCAACGCAUGCUUAAUAUAUGUGUGAAACUAGGAUGUAGUGUAAAUGUUACUGUAGUCCAUAGCUAGUAACUGUAAUUAGUGCACCUUGGCUUCUUUAUGUGUUUUUGCAAAUUUGUGUUGUGAUACCUACGCACCGAGCGCCAUUAUGUUUACAUUAUAAACGUAUCGUCCUAAUCGAUGACCAGCACUGCUUUGUUCCUUGGGUUAUCUACUAAGAUGGAUUGAAGAUGGUUCUACAAACUACUAACCCUGACUUUUACUGGACAAGAAAUUUUAGUUCUACGAGUGUACGAUUCAGGCCUUCAUUCGGUGUAUUUCACGUAAAGGACAGUAAGUGUUAGACAGUGUAAGUGUGAAAGUGUUCAGGUUUUUCAAAAAUGUCAUUAUUUUUUAUAUCAAUUUCCGUUAAUUCAAUGUUAUUUCGCAAUAAUCCUGAAUGACAGAACACCCUCAUUCUGUCUGUUAGAAGGAUCUAUUCCAACACUUCACAGUCAUUAUCCUUUGGAUUUAAUUAAAUCUAAAGCAAAUUAUAUUUAUAUGUAACAAGUAUGAGGCUCUUAGAUUUUACUCAUUUAAACGUGCAUCUAGUUAAUAUAUAAAUUAAAAUAAAUGACAAAAAUCAUAAUAAGGGUGAAUUCAGGAAAACAUGUCCCUUCUUGAAUAAAUGGGUAAAUGACAUGAUUUGAUUUGUUUCCCUCAAUUGAUAUUGCUUUACUUACUUUGUCCAUAGCAUUCUGAAUAAUUAAAAAUAAUGUUUUUAUGUGUGUGUUUGAAAAGCAAGUUCACUGUUAUUAAGAAUCUUUCAGUUUUGGACGGAUUUUCUUCUGUCACCAGUGUAGGCCUUAAGGGCCGGCUCACUGGUCAUUACCAGGUUACUUUUGAGACGGACCAGUUGGUGUUUCCCUAGGUAUAGGAAAAUAACAUUGCAACUGGUCCUUAAUGCCAUUUUAACCAGCAGUUUCAGAUCCUUGGGGCCUACACUGUCUGUCACCCUGUAUUGAAUAUUCGAAUAUGAUAAUAUAUGUUUGCAUAAAAUCAAAAUGAAUGUAUUUAUUUUUAUCUAUGUACUUUUGAGUAUUUUUAUCUUUAUCUUUAUAAUUAUUUCAUCUUUAUUGUUUUGAGAGUAUAUGUUGUACGGAUUGAGAGGAAAACAGUUUGCAGUCUUAACCCAACAAAUGGAGUUUGGUAGAAUAUUGUGCAAUGCACGUCUAGCUGUCUGAAUUAACGCAAUCGACUCUGAAAACCUCAUCAUCCAAUAUGCUGCAAAAUCAAAAAACGCUUUCUUUUUUUCCCCUGCGAUAAAAAGUAAUGGAAUUCCCAUAGAACUCACAAUCUGAUUGGCUGUCGCAAAUGCGAUAGCGAUUUUAAAUGCUGCUCAAACAUAC